GUGCGUCUACCAGUGGUUCAGCAUCCAAUCAAUUAAGUAGUCCAUCAACUUUUAGUUUUGAUAGCUAUGGAAAUAUAUUUAUCACUGAUCAAGGCAACAGUCGAGUGCAAAAGUUUCUUAUAACAACUACUACUUAUAAUGUGACUCUUAAUCAACCAAAUUUGUGCCCAUCAACAACAUGGUAUACAAAUGCAAUUACAUUUGCUAAUAGUAGUACGGCUGGAACAGGUGUAUAUGGUGUUUUUGUUAGUAUUAAUAAUACUGUCUACGUAGCUAAUCAACAAACUAAUAAGGUUGUAAUAUGGUUCGAAGGAAGUAUUAAUCCAGAUAAAAUUCUUUCUGGUACUCUGAGUACACCAGAUGAUCUUUUCGUUACUCCUCUAGGUGAUAUAUAUGUUGAUAAUGGUGUAAGUAAUAGUCGAGUUGAUAAAUUUUCAUUCAACUCAAGUAUAAGUACUGUUGUAAUGUCAGUUCCAAAUGUAUGUACUGGCAUUUUUGUUGAUAUUAGUAAUAAUCUUUAUUGUGCAGCUUAUACUUCUCAUCAAGUUGUUAAGAAAUGGCUGAAUGAUAGUGUGCCCACGUCAACUAUUGUUGCUGGCACAGGUACAGCUGGAUCAACAGCAACUACACUUAAUACGCCAACUGGGAUUUUUGUCGAUGCUGAAAUUAAUUUAUAUGUUGCAGAUUCUCAGAACAAUAGAAUACAAAUGUUUCCUCUUGGACAAUUUACUGCAAUAACUUUAGCAGGAGCUAGUGCACCAGGAACUAUUACACUCAAUACUCCAAAUGGUGUUACACUAGAUGGCAAUGGAUAUCUUUUUAUUGCAGAUUGUUAUAAUCAUCGAAUAAUUGGAUCAGGACCAUAUGGUUUCCGAUGUUUAUUUGGAUGUACAACUACUGCUGGUUCUUCAUCAAGUCAAUUAAAUGUACCACGAACUUUUGGUUUCGAUAGUUAUGGAAAUCUUUUUGUUUCUGAUGGAGAUAAUAAUCGAGUGCAAAAGUUUAUAUUAGCAUCAAAUUCAUGUAGUCUUUCUUAUAAUCAACCAACAUUUUGCUCAAAUGCUUUAUGGUAUUCUAAUGCAUCAACUUUUGCAUCAAGUAGUACAAUUGGCUCAUUCCCAUAUGGUAUUUUUAUUAAUGGAAUUAAUACUGUAUAUGUACCUAAUCGAGUUAGUAACACUAUUUUAUUAUGGCCUCAAGGUAGUAAUACAUCAACAACUAAUACUUAUAGUAAUUUGAGCAAUCCAUAUAGUCUUUUUAUGUCUAUGGCUGGUGAUAUCUAUAUUGAUAAUGGUUAUUCAUAUGGUCGAGUCGAUAAAUACAUAUUUAAUACAUCAAAUCGCGUUACAGUUAUGAAUGUUAAUGGAAGUUGUUAUGGUUUAUUUAUUGAUAUUAGUAAUAAUCUUUAUUGUUCACUUAAAAAUCAUCAUCAAGUUGUUAAACUCUUACUUAAUAAUGGUACAACCAUACCAACAAUUACGGCCGGUAAUGGUUCUACUGGAUCACUAUCAAAUAUGCUUAAUUCUCCUCAAGGAAUCUAUGUUGAUAGUAAUUUAAACUUAUAUAUUGCAGAUUGUGCUAACAAUCGUAUUCAAUUAGUUCAAACCGGGCAGUUAAAUGGAGUGACAAUCGUUGGUAAUGGAUCUUCAACAAAUUUUAUACUUAACUAUCCAACUGGAAUUGUUCUUGAUGCUUAUGGUUAUUUAUUUAUUGUUGAUAGUUAUAAUCAUCGUAUUGUUGCUUCAGGUUCUACUGGUUUUCGAUGUAUAGUGGGAUGUUCGGGAGGUGGUUCAUCUGCGUCUCAAUUAUCUUUUCCACAAAGUAUGGCUUUUGAUAGCUAUGGAAAUAUAUAUGUUACUGAUCGAAAUAAUAGUCGAGUGCAACAAUUCACUCUUGAAACUAACAAUUGCAUAUAA